UUAGAUAUCCUUUUGCUGGUACACAUUUAUUUAGAAUCAUAUUUUUGAACAAAAUGGAGUUUUAGUCCUCGUUUCCUGUUUAAUAGUGUCACACGGUUGGACGGGCAUUCCUGGGUCAGCCAAGCAUGAAUAUUACGUGUUGCUAAGCACUUCUGAUUGAUUUUCAAUAGAAGUAGAAGUCAUUAUAAUGUUCAAUGUAGUGUUCAUAUUAAUUUAAGAAUGCCGUUGGCAAGCUAUAGCUUUAAGUUAAGUGAUUCCGUGAAACCAAAUUCAAGUAGGAAAAGAGAAAAGUCUCGGAAAACACGAUCGACACGCAAUGAGCUACGAGUUGAGGCAAGCAUUAACAACACACGCAUCAAAUCGGCCAUAGAAAACGGCAAGCAAACCACUCUCCCUACAGAAUCAAACGACCUACGUUUGCUUAAAUUUGAGCAUGUUGGAAAAGCUGGGCCUUUGGUGGUUUACGCGGAAGAUAAAAUGCAGCAAAACUCGUAUGGGAACUAUAAAGUAAUCACAUCAUUUCGACCUCCACAAAGCAUGAGAAAUCAGCUUUUCUUUGCUCACCAUGCCGCACGAGAUGCGACUUUAUUCAUGGAGUCUGAAAACUCACUGCCAGUCAUUGGUAAAAAGCACAGCCCACUCAAAGACGCCAGGAAACCAACGGCGGACUAUGACACAUAUACGAAACCUAUCACUGGCACGGACCAGUUUGAAACUUUGCUUGCUAGGUACAAAGAAAGAAGAGACGGUCAUGAAAAGGCGCUUGGGAAUGAUUAUCUGUAUUUAUUUCAGAAACUCGAUCGUCUUUACAAACACACGAAAAGUGAGAGAGAAAUGAAUACAAGAACGUUUAGUAAUAUGGCGAUCCUACGAGAUAAAUGUCGCAUGGCUACCGAGGUCCAAGGUGUUACUAAGCACGAGAAAGCUUUUAUUGAGAUGGUGAGACAGAAGUCGAUCGUGUUACCACGGCUCACCGUGCAAAAAACCCGCGAUAAAUUACCAGACUUGAGUGGAAAACCAGACAAAUUAAAACUUGUUGUGCCAAGAGAAAAACGAGGACCGAUGCCUUUAUUCAGCUCAAAUUAUAAAGAAGAUUCUGAAUCUAAACAGGAUACGAUUAGACUUCCACAAAUUUGACAUGAAUGAAUGAGCAAUUAUGAUAAAUAAACUAUUUAUUGAAUGUU